AUGGCGGACGAACGCGACGGUAGCGUCGUACAGGCCUUCCUGGCCCUCGGGGAAGACACUAGCAAACACUUUCGCAUGUUCUCCAGAGGCUCCAACCCGGGAUGCUACGUGCUGGGCUGGUGGGCCACCUUUGUAGCUAAGGAGUACAUCAAGUCCACCGCUGUGCUGAAGCAGUGGCCCGCUGGCGGCAGCUCCUCCUCGGGUACGAUCGAUGUUGUCGUCGUGAAUGACGCACUCUGCAAGGAGGUUAUCCGCGACUGCCUGCUGCGGCGCGGAGUGUCGGUCGAGUACUACGAGCGAGAGACCCCCGGCGGGCCGUACGUGUGCCGGCAGCGCGGCUCACCGGGGAAUAUCACCGACUUCGAGGCAUCACUUUUUGAGUUUGAGGAGACAGAGAUUCAGCUGCUGGCGAGUGGCUCCCUUGUAUUCGGCGCGAAACAGGACACUCAGCCAAAGAUUGGCUUUGCAGCGCUGAAUAACACGCUACGACAGCUGAGCUUUGCUGAGUACACGGACACUCCGCAGCUCACCAGCCUGGACGCGCUCGUCGCACAGACAAACUUGAAGGAGCUUCUUUUGUGUGUGAUGUCGCCCACCGCUUCUGCCGGCGGCGAAGCAAACUUGGACGACGAUGACCGUAUCACCGCAGUGCGCCGUAUCUGUGAGCGGUGCGGUGUGCAACUGAGCGUGCGCACCCUGCGCGAGGUUCAGCAGCUGCAGACGAGAGAAGCCUCUGCGAAGGGAAUCGAGGCACUGGCAGAGAUUCUGCGAGUGCCAGAGGAGCGACUGCCGUUAGAGUUAUGCCCGAUCGCGCGACACGCUGUGGAGAACAUCCUCAGUCGCAUCGAUGUGAUGGACUCGUCGAAUCAGCGCGCCUUCUACUUGCGCCGCAUCGUGCCGUCCACGUAUGUGAAGCUGGACAGCGCGGCGAUCGAAGCGCUGAACCUGGUGAGCAAGAAGCCGGAGCCGCGCGGCUCCCUUCCGACGUCUGUGUUCUCGUGGCUGAAUCGUUGUCACACCGGCAUGGGCGCGCGUGCGAUGCGGCAGUGGCUGCUGCAGCCGCUCCGUUGCGUCGACGACAUCAACCAGCGCCUCACCAUGGUGGAACUCUUCGUGGAGAACCCCAUUCUGCGCGACAUGUUUACAGCCCAGGUGCUGAAACGGUGUGGCGACAUGGAUCGACUUAAUCGCAAACUGCAGCGGCGCAGCCUCGCUCUUAAGGAGACGCAGGCGUUCCUGGAGUUUGUCGCGGUUGUCCCUGCCGCGCUACAGACUCUGAGCACCUACACAGGUCCACAGUCGAAGCUCUUGAAAGAUGAGUUCAUUGCCCCGAUGGAGGACAUCAACGAGCACAUGAAAAACCUGAAGACGUUGAUCGAGGCAACCGUGGACUUCAGUGACCGCAAUGCCGUCCGCAUGAACGCCACCUUCGACGACGAGCUGCAGGACCUGCACGAACAACUCACAGCCACGCAGCGGCAGAUCGAGAAGGAAUACAACCACGUCCUGAGCAAGUACGGGUGGAAUGAGAAGCAGCUCAAGUACGAGUACCACGGCACGUAUGGUUACGUCUUCCGUGUCUCUCGCAAGGAGGAUCGCCAGCUGCGCAGCGCAAAGGAGCUGAUUACGUUAAGCACGUCCAAGGACGGCGUGCGGUUUGUGUCGGAGAAGAUGGCGGUCCUCAGCGAGCAGUACCGGCGCGUCAGCGCCGACUACGAGACGCGGCAGAUGGACCUCAAGCGCAAGCUAGUGGAUACCAUCGCCUCCUACCUGCCCGUGCUCGACGACGCCAAGGAGCUGAUAGCAACUCUGGACGUUUACGUUGCCUGGGCUCUCGUAGUGAGGGAUUGUCCGCGUCCGAUGGUGCGGCCAGUUUUACGCGAGGCCCCGGAGCCUGUAACGCUAGUGAAGCAGGAGGGGGCAGUCGUGCGCAGCGCAGACUCGGCGCCGCUUCUCUCUUUCAAGGGACUUCGGCAUCCUUUGGUAGAGUUGCGCCUUCCAGGUUACAAGGCCAACUCUCUCCAUCUCACCACGCACACGAACGGGCUGCUCAUUACUGGACCCAACAUGGGCGGCAAGUCCACGUACAUGCGCAGUGUCGGCGUCGCUGUGGUGCUGGCGCAGGCAGGCUGUUUUGUGCCCGCUGAUGCGGCGGAAGUGCAGGUGCGCGACGCUGUCAUGUGCCGAGUCGGCGCGACCGAUCAUCUGGCGCAGGGUGUCUCAACCUUUAUGGUGGAGAUGCUCGAGUCUGCUGCGAUUAUCUCUGGUGCGACGUCGGAAACCCUCGCCAUCGUCGACGAGCUCGGCCGUGGCACGUCCACGUACGAUGGCUUCGGGUUGGCGUGGGCGAUUGCCCAGGACGUGGCGGCGCGUGUUCGCGCCACUCUCUUGUUUUCUAGCCACUUUCACGAGCUGACGCAGCUCCCGCAGCAGUGUGGCGCUCUGCAGAACGUGCACUUUGGCGCCGAGGUCGACGAGGCAGCGGGAACGCUGCGCUUCUCCUACACCCUCCAGCCAGGGCCGUGCGGACGCAGCUACGGCCUGUAUGUCGCCUCAUUGGCGCACCUGCCAGAGUCGGUGAUUGAGUGCGCCAAGGUGAAGGCCGCCGAGUGGGAAACCUUUGAAAAAGAGGAUGUCGCAAAGUGCAGUGCUGGAGCAACGCCUGACGAGGCGAUAGCGCGGAAGGUUUCGGCGUACGCCAAGCGCAUCCGUGCGCUAGAGCAGCAGGGAUCCAGCGACAAUCACGACAAAGCGGCGAAGCAGCUAAGGCUAGAGAUCCAGCAGGACGCAGAUGUGCGUCCGUAUCUCUGCAAAGUGGCGUAG